ACAGUUAACUUGCAGUGGUGUGUAGUCGUGGGCAGGAGAGUGAGAACACGGAGGCGGCGACGGUCUGACCAGAGCUGCUUGGACUCCAGUGCCAACACCACCCUCGCGUCCCCCUCCACCACCCAUGACCACCACCACUAUGUUGAUUCGCCCAUUCAGCAGGAGUCUCAUCUGCUAAGGAGCGGCGAGAUGAUACGUCACCGGUCAAGAACACCACGCCGGAGGAAGGCAACAGCAGAGGGCGUGGAGACCCCAACCACCCCAGAGGGAAGGAGGGACGGCCGAGGGUGGCACUGGGAGGCUAAUGGAGGCGUGGCGGGCAUUGCCGGAACAGUGAAGGAAAAGGUUCUGGGCUUCUUCACCCCCACCCAAGAAACUUCCCUGCCUGCUAUUGUCGAGUCCUCAGAAUCAGGCUUUGAAGAAGGGAGUCUGAUAGGUAAAGCAGUACCCACAUCCUCCCCAGCCUCCGAGGUCUUUGUCGGGGCAAGAGAAUUCUUUGCCGAGAAGGAGAGCCGGGAACGCCUUACUAGUGAUUACUGGAGCAGUGGAGACACCCCGUCAAGACUCAGGGAAAGCACCAAGCGCCUCAGCAUCCAAAAGCCUUUCAACAAAUACAUCGCGUACUCCUCGGAUGAAGAACUUGACGAGUGGCAGAACCAGGCGAGGUCGGACUACACGUACAGCGCGUCUCUGACCUACCGAGAUCGAGUGACACCAGACCGGAAGAUCGGGUCUCCCAACAUGGCGCGGCGGGGGCUGAGGGGUGGGAACAUCAAUUACAUUCAGUCGCCGGAUUUCUCCUCAUCAGACCUGUCUAUCGAGAAUGAUGACAGUAGCCAACUGAACCUCAGAACGAGAACAAUACUCCGCCCCAUGGAUGCCCUCUCAGACAACAGCGAUGUCGAGGAGGAGGUGGUGGUGCCGGUGGCCAGGAGAACGCGGUCCAGCAGGAGUCGUAGCUUGGACGUUGUGCCAAGAGUCAACGGGUCAACUGUAACCAGAACCGUAACCUCCACCUACACCACCACAAAGACACUGCAUCGUGGCCUUGAUGUUGAAAGUGACGUUGAUGACGGCACGGAGUCCACAGUCCCUCGGCGGGCUACCCCACUCACAGCCCGAAGCGGCACUCCUUUGGCCAGGGCCGGCACCCCCACCAGUAGGACCAACUCAAGGUCGUCAGUGUCCGGUGAUGGCGUGGGCAGAGGCUACACACUUGCCAAGGGAGCCAUUGCUGAAGACGUGGAAGAGGAGGAGGCGGAAGGUGAAUCACUAUUGACGUGGAGGACGCUGAGUUGGCGCAGCGUGAAGCGGAUCACCACCUACAUCACCACGACCGUCAUUAUGAUGGUGGUGCGGACAGUGACAUCCCAGCAACAGCAACAACAACAACAAUCAAGCACCUCGGACUCCAUCUCAACCUCGACCUCAACCUCUGAAAAGCUAUCAAAACACUCCUUCUGGUCGAGCGUAAGGAGCAGCAGUCGAUGGGUGGUGGACGCAAGCACAAGAAUAGUCACCUCCUCUCGGGAACACUUAAAGAAAAGACCAAUUCUCAUCUGGAUCCCUCUCAUUCCCCUCCUGCUCCUCCUGGUUCUCGUGGCAUCCUGGUGGCUGUUGCAGUCUGGUGCCAAGACAGGUGACUCAGCUGACCCCUCACAGACCACUGAAGGACCUUCUUUCCUGUCCUAUACCUUGAGCACAGCAUCUGAACUUACUAACUCGGUGACUAGCGGCAUCUAUCGCGCCCCCAUUCUGGCUUGGGAAGCUGCCACAGGUGCGGUGGCCUGGGUUAUGUCUAUGUUCACAGCCGGCAUCUCUGCAUUAUGGGUCUCAGUCACGAGCAUGGCCACUUGGCUUUGGUCUGUGGCACACGCUGGCUUAACCCUCCUCCUGCAGACACUCUACCUCAUGCUGGAACUCCUUCAGAUUGUGGCCUUAGCAGUAGUAACUUCCUUCUCCUCAUCUGUCUCUUACAUUUUUGGCUUCCUCUUCCCUGUCGCACCCACAAAGGGAUCUGAAGGAGCAGAAAGUGAAACCUCUGCAUGGUUGUCAGGGCAAGCCUCCAUGGAUUGGGUGUCACAGGCAUACACAAGUGUGUCAGAAGCUGCCCAGAAAACACAGACAUGGGUGUGGGAAGGGUGGCUGUGGCUGGUGAUUUCUGUGGCUGACGCUCUCACGGCCGUGGCUUCCUCCCUCCUGUGGCUCCUGGGCCUGGUGUGGUCUCUGCUAUGGUUCCUGGUAUCUGGACUCUGGACUGUACUGGUCUACAUUUUUACUGGCACCAUUGGUUUGUUUUCGUCGACCUCUGCUGCCAUCACCUCAUCACUUGUGGAAGCGUCGUCUUCAGUGGCCAGCACAGUCCAACUGUUUACUCGCCAGUUGUUCCUGCCACUGUCCAAGAAAUCGGGGUCUGUGAUAAAGGAAGAGAACACUUUGCAUGUGUCUCAGUCCAACUCUGUGAAUGGCCCCGACGUUAGUGUUGCCGGGGUGUCUGUUGAGGACGUUGUGAGCAGAGUGUUGAAGAGCACGGAGCUGGCAGCACUCAUCACUUCCAUUUCCUCCCAGAACACUGCCAAAAGCCAGUCUGCUACUGAGGACAUUCACUUAAUUGUCAAAACUCUUGUGGAAGGGGAAUUGAAGGGACACAAAGCUGAAACUGCAGCAUUGUGGGAAAGUCACACCAAGGCAGUAGCACAAGAAUCAAAGUCCCACGUGCUGUCUGUGGAAGAAAAACAAAGUGGUUUUCUCAUGCAGCUGGGCUUGCUUGAAGCCGAGGUGGCGCGGCUGCAGGGCUCCGUCAAGGGUGGCCAGGAGGGGCACGAGCAGCAUCACCAGCGCCUGGAGGCUCUGAGCACCAAGAUCAGUCAACUUACCCUCCAGCUGCAGGAGUUAGAGGCUAACCACACCACACUGGCAGCAGAGGUGAAGAGCUGCUGCAAGAACACAAGCGUCACGUUGGCAGAUGUUGAGAAACACGUGACUGUUCUUCUAGGGGACAUUUUAGGCUUCUCUUCAGGCCAGAAAGAGGGUGAAGGACGCUCCUGGAGUGUGGCCGACAUGGCUGCCUGGCUCAGGAGCUACUUUGUGGCUAAGGAGGAGUUGGAGACCAGACUUAACACUCUCACUGCAACAUUGCAAAGGAAGUCUGUUGAAGAAACUGACAUGAAGGAAUCUGCCUUGGCUGCCAACAAUGCUGCAAUUGCUCAGAGCACACAGAUCAUUAUGGAUACAGUCCUUGAGAAGCUGCGUGCUGAGAUCCAGAAGCAACAUGAGCAACUUGGCGAAGCUGCCAAAGAACAAGUGUCCCAGCAGGUGAACUCUCAGAUGCAGGCCGCUGCUAAUGUGCUGGGCCAGCAGAUGUCUGAUCAGGUGGAGCACGAGCUUCACUCAUCGAAGCAGCAGGUGCAGAACAUUGUCAGUGUUGCUGUUCAGGAAGCUCUGCCAGAACAUGUUGCUUCAGCUCUUCCUAAAGCUGUUGCCAGUGCUGUGUCUAAAGCUGUGGCUACUGCAGUUCCAGAUGCUGUUUCAACUGCAGUUCCUAAUAUUGUUAAAGUGGCUGUGGAUGGUGCUGUAGAAACUGCAGUUCAUGCUGCAGUAGACACUGCUGUGAAUGAGGCUGUUGCUGCAGCAGUUCCUGAUGCAGUUAAUGGUGCUGUGCCAGGUGUGGUAAACAUUGCUGUUGCAAACGCUGUGAAUGAGGCAGUACAAGAGGCUGUACCAGGAGCAGUAAACACAGUUGUACAAGAUACUGUAGCCGUAGAAAUCCAAGGAGCAGUUUCUGAAGCAGUUGCUUCAGUCCUGCCGUCGCUUGUGUCCACGGCUGUUAAUGAAACGGUCGCAUCCAGAAUCUCCGAGGCUCUUGUUAAUGUUGGAUUAAGCAAGGCAGGCGGCACUGGCACUGGGGAUAUGAGUGGUGAUGGGAUGGUGGUCAUCGCUGGGACACACUCGGACAUGAGCAGCAGCAGCAGCAGUGCCACCUUCGCAGCCUCUGUCAAUGUGUCAAAUAAUGGCAAAAAUGGUUCUAAUAUUUUUGCUCCAGUGUCACUUCCCAUGACAGCUGGACUAAACGAGUCUGAUGUGAUUAGGAUUGUAAAAGAAGCAUUGCUGAAGUAUGAUGCAGACAAGACUGGCAUGGUGGAUCAUGCUUUGGAAAGUGCCGGAGGAAAUAUCAUUUCAACGCGUUGCACUGAAAGCUAUCAGGUCCAUUUAGCAGAGUUGACCAUUUUGGGAUUUCCGGUCUUCUGGUACCCAACCAACAACAACCCGCGCAUCAUCAUCCAGCCCGAGAGGAUGCCUGGUCAGUGCUGGGCCUUCAAGGGGUCUCAAGGGUACAUUGUUAUUAAGCUUGCAAGUAAUGUCUUGCCAACAGGAUUUACCUUGGAACACAUUCCAAAGUCUUUGUCACCAUCAGGAGAGAUUGACUCGGCCCCCCGAGAGUUUGAGGUUUGGGGGCUACACUCUGAGAAUGAUGAAGGUGUCCUUCUUGGGAACUAUGAGUAUGAUCAAAAUGGAGACCCCUUUCAGUUCUUUGCAGUGCAAGAAGCAAACACCGAGUAUUUCCCAAUGAUUGAAUUAAAAAUCAACAGUAAUCAUGGUAAUUUACAGUACACUUGCCUUUACCGGUUUAGAGUUCACGGCGUGCGGUACUUUUAAGACGAAAGUUAGAUCUCGGAUGUUUUUUAAGUUAUGUCAGGACAAGUGGCCUUAAAAAUUUAUAAUAUAAGAACUCUUUAGACGUUUUUAGCAGCUCAGCAAGACCAAUUGCCUAUUCCUGCAAAAUAUUAUUGGUUAUGCUUCACAUGGCUUAUAAAUUCUGAACCUCAAAACAUGAAUGGUUUUGAACAUCACCCAAGUAUUCAAAUUAGCAAUCAGUUAGAGAUGAUAAUUUUUUCUCCCAUUGUGUGGCAGAGCUGUCUCUUGUAGGCCACCUAUGGGUAUUUGUUUACUUUGAUUUUCAAGAAAACAAAUCUUUAUUUUCACCUCGACAUGCCUGUGUAUACAUAUGUAAAUAUAGACUAUAAAAAAUGGUGCUUUCUAAUGCCUUGUGUGCAGCAGAUGUGACCCGCACACUGUUGUAUAACAUUGCUUCUGACAAAAUGAUAUCCAGAAGGUUGUCAGUUUGCUAUAUUUUUGAGCUGCCAGAGGUUGUUUUGUAACAGUGCCAUUCAUCAAUCACAAUGUCUUGUACGUCUGGGUAACGUACUGCUCCUGUAUAUUAUCCAGCAACUUUCGUGAUCCAAAGAAAUGUAGAUAAUGACAUUAUACCAUGUAUUUUUAUUGAGGUACAAAUAAAGUCACUUAGUAAGUAUGUAGGAUUAUGUACUUAUUUUGUAUAAAUCUGGGAAUUACCUUCCAGAAUUUUGUACAUUUACAAAGACAAAUCAUAUAUGAUGGAAGUAAUAUUAUAUUUGCAUAUAAAGAUUCAGACCUUUCCUUCAUUCUCUUAAUAUUAAUUUUUCUAGUCCCACUUUUAUAUGUCAGGAAAACAAAUAAACUUAACCAGAA